AAGAAGAAAUAAUGCGAUAAUAGCGUAGAAAUUAAGAGGAAAUAGGAAUAUAAUUGUGGAAUUGAUUUGAUGUUAAUGUUACGUUAGUGAAGAGAGGACUCCCCGUAGUCGUAGAAGAGAAUAGGAAGAAGAGAAGAGGGGUUAUAAUAAGUAGUUAUAGUAAAAGGAAAAGACGGUGGUUUAUUAAUUAUUAGUGGGCUUCUUUCUAGUUUGCAAUCCCUCUUCUUAGCUCUGUUUUGGGGGAAACUAGAAUGCCGGCGUGGUGGAGUAGGAAGUGGAGCAAGAGCAGCGAGGAGCAGGAUGAAGAGGAAGUGCCACGUGGCGGUCUUCAAUUGAAUUUCAUCACCAAGACGAAGAACAGGAAGAAUAAGAAGAAGCCCAAGAGCUUGGACGACAAGCUCAAAGGCCUUCCCUUACCUCGCCCACCCGAUCAACCCUUUGGAUCUCUUUCCAUGUCUGGUUCCAGCGUCAGCUCCUCAACCUCCCUCGACGAUCAUCCAAUUUCGCCUCACUUUAGUGCCAACAGAGGACAAGAUGAGGUGAGGUUGAAUGUGAGGUCAAAGAGUCCAGGUCCUGGGUCAAGAGGACCUACAAGUCCUACCUCGCCGCUUCAUCCAAGGUUGCAUGCUUUGAGUCUUGACUCUCCUACGGGUAAGCAGGAGGAGGGAAGGAGUGAGUGUCAUCCGUUGCCUCUUCCUCCUGGCUCCCCAACUAGUCCUUCUUCUGUGCUUCCCAACGCACGAGCAAAUGGACAGUUGGAAAACGCUACCAGCAAUGUAUCCAAAUGGAGAAAAGGAAAGCUUCUAGGACGGGGAACGUUUGGGCAUGUAUACCUGGGAUUCAAUAGUGAAAAUGGACAAAUGUGUGCAAUAAAAGAAGUCAAGGUUGUCUCUGAUGAUCAAACAUCAAGAGAGUGCCUCAAACAACUUAACCAGGAGAUAAAUUUGCUAAAUCAUCUUUCUCACCCAAAUAUUGUUCAAUACUAUGGGAGUGAGCUGGUAGAAGAAUCACUAUCUGUAUAUUUGGAAUAUGUCUCUGGUGGUUCUAUCCAUAAAUUACUUCAGGAGUAUGGUCCAUUUAAGGAGCCUGUUAUUCAAAAUUAUACCAGGCAAAUUGUCUCCGGACUUGCCUAUCUGCAUGGAAGAAAUACAGUACACAGGGAUAUUAAAGGGGCAAACAUACUAGUUGAUCCUAAUGGUGAAAUCAAACUGGCAGACUUUGGAAUGGCUAAACAUAUAAACUCUUCUGCCUCAAUGCUUUCAUUCAAAGGAAGUCCAAAUUGGAUGGCUCCGGAGGUUGUAAUGAAUACAAAUGGCUAUAGUCUUCCAGUUGAUAUAUGGAGCUUGGGAUGCACAAUUAUUGAAAUGGCAACAUCAAAACCUCCUUGGAGUCAUUAUGAAGGGGUAGCUGCCAUAUUUAAAAUUGGGAAUAGCAAAGAUAUGCCCGAAAUCCCUGAGCAUCUUUCAAAUGAGGCGAAGAGUUUCAUCAAGCUAUGCUUACAAAGGGACCCAUUAGCUCGCCCAACAGCCCAAAAGCUACUAGACCAUCCCUUCAUUCGAGAUCAAUCAGCAACAAAAGCUGCAAAUGUCAGCAUAACUGGGGAAGCUUUCACAUACAUGUUUGAUGGAAGCCGGACACCGCCCGUGUUAGAGUCUCAUUCCAAUCGAACAAGUAUAACACUUGAUGGAGAUUAUGCAUCAAGGCCAGCUGUUGCAGCUCCACGUGCAUUAAGGAGUCCAAGAGAUAACACAAGAAUGAUCACAUCUUUACCAGUAUCUCCUUCUUCAAGUCCAUUGCGACGGUACGGGCCAAAUCAUCAGAGCUGUUUCUUUUCUCCUCCUCAUCCGUCUUACACAAUAAUGGGACAAAAUAGUUACACUUUGAAUGACAUAUCCUCGUAUCCUAUGAGAUCAAGUGCCACAUUCACUCUUGAUCCUUGGUCUGAAACAUCUCGAUACAGAGCCAAUACACCACCUGGUGGAUCUCCAAGAAUGAGACUCAUUUGAGUUGCGGUCUUAAAUAGCUAUAGAACUAAAAUAUUGCUAAGUCUCUCCAAUAUACCUUGUGGUUGCACUUCAAUCUGGACUCUGGAGCACAAACUAUCCUUAAGAUUAUGGUCCAUUCUUUAUAGAUGAGAACCAGGUGACGGAAGAAAUGAUUCUUGCCCUAAGCUCUCGGUGCAUUGGAUUGGGGAGACCUACUGCUUGUAACAAUUUCUUGAUUGUUGUAAAUGCAAUGUGCUUACUGCUUGCUUACGUUUAUGUUGUACAAUGCUAGUUCAUGGAAGAAUAAAAAAAAUAUAAAAAAAAGUAAUUUUCAUACCUA